ACUGCGCAGCAUCACGGGCGACCGACACCGCCGGCCUCACCCUCUCCCUCACCCAGCCACAACGCAGCAUGAAUUCUAAUUCGUAGAUAUUUUCGAUCAUGGUUAAUCCAGGUCACGAAAAUUAAUUAAACGAUUCGCUGUCUUCUCUGCUGUCGUCGGGUACUUGUGUUGUUUUUGCCCCCCUGUACCGCACAAGACGCGCCCCAAGAACUCAAAAUGGCCGAGAUCACCGAAAUACGAGCAGCGUACGAUAUGUCCCCGGUACUGGCGGGCUUCAUCGGCGCCGGCGUUCUGGUGGUUGCAGUGGUUGCCUUAAUCUUUGUGUGGACAUGCUGCCAAAAACGUUACCACAGGAUGAGCCAUAAGCUCCAUGGUGUCCAGACAGAGUGUGGUGACCCGUUGACAGACCCGCCUUACAAGUUCAUCCACAUGCUGAAGGGCAUGAGCAUCUACCCAGAGGCACUGACCAGCAGCAAGAGGAUUGUGCGGCUCGUGCGUCGAGUCGCCGGCGACAGCAGCGACGUAGAGAGAGAGGGCAAGGGGUGUCCUGUUGUCCUGGUGGACGUGGCUGCCGAGAAGAGUCCGACGGGGACACCUCAGUUUGAAGUAGGCGGUUUAGAUGAAAGCGCUCACCUAACUCCACGACUAGAGAGGGAGCUUCCUGUUCGUGCAGACUACUGUUGCCUGGAGAACCACUCAAGCAGCGGCAGCCAAAGCUCAAGUACCACAGCAUCAAACAGCGCCACGCCCUUCACCGACGAGGCCGAUCGUGGAACGCUCAGCCUCACCAUCGACUACAAUUUCCCGAAGAAGGCGCUGGUGGUGACUGUACUUGAGGCGCGUGGUUUACGUGCUGUGGACAGCCAGGCAGGCAGUGCUGACCCGUACAUCAAGAUGACCAUAUUGCCCGAAAAGAAGCACAGAGUGAAGACCCGGGUCCUGCGCAAGACGCUUGAGCCCGCCUUCGACGAGACGUUCACAUUUUAUGGUGUCCCGUACAGCUCGCUGUCGGAGCUCACGCUCCACUUCCUCGUGCUGAGCUUUGACCAUUUUGCUCGCGACGAUGUCAUCGGUGAGGCAUUGGUGCCACUGACGGGUGUGGAGCUCAGCACAGGCAAAGUCCAAAUCACACAGCCAAUCUGCAAGAGAAGCAUGCAGUGUGUGAGCCGUGGAGAGCUGCUGGUGUCUCUUUCGUAUCAGCCUGUUUCUCAUAGACUCAGCGUGGUAGUACUGAAAGCUAGACAUCUUCCCAAGUUGGACAUCACUGGCCUGGCUGGAAACCCAUAUGUGAAAGUGAACGUGUUCUACAACCGCAAGCGCAUUGCCAAGAAGAAGACUCAUGUGAAGAAGUGCACGAUGAAUCCUGUUUUCAACGAGUCCUUCAUCUACGACGUACCUGCAGAUUUGCUGCCCGACAUCUCUAUCGAAUUUCUGGUUAUGGACUUUGACCGCACUACAAAGAACCAGACCGUGGGACGUCUAGUGCUGGGGACACACAGUCCCUGCACCUCUGGUGCUACCCACUGGCAGGAGGUCUGCCAAAACCCACGCCGGCAAAUCUCCAAGUGGCACAGCCUUGUCGAGUAUUGAGCUUUCUCCUGUUCUCCACAGACAUAAACCAAUAAACAUACGCAGUAAACAUAGAUAUACACACACACACAAAACCAAACACACACACACACACACAUACAGUACACAAUAAGGAUAUACAAAUAAACAUGAGGGAGACCUUGAGACAUCUCACUUUAUCUGUCUUUAAAAAAAAAAAUAAGAAUACAGCAAGACAGUGAAUUAGAGCACGUCACAGUGGACUUUUGCAACAACUACGUAGAGAUAGCUCUCAAAUAAUCCUUUCUAAACAGCACCGUUUUAGUGAACCACACACAGUCUUAGACAAAUGUGCAUACACAUACACGAACACACUGACUGAUGAAUAGUAACUUAAGAGACCAAAAUAUUGCUAUGUCCACAAUUUUGAGACUGUUACAAGUAAACUCUUAGCACUGAUUGUAUGUAUGUUUAAAUUAAGGUGUAACAUGUCUGCCUUCACAGACCUCACUACACUGCUGUAGUUCACUGUACCGCAUGUCUGAAUAACACAAGAAUUACUGUAAAAAAUGUAAGAAAUGAAGCAAACACUAGACAGUGAUGAUGGUGUGCAUCAUAUCAUUUUAGGGUGUAUAAUGACUUUCAAGUGACAUGCCAAUUUACUUACUAUGAAUAUCAGGUUUAAAAAAAAAAAUCAUGCUGCCCUUCUACUUAGCAUGUUAGUGAUGAUGAUCAUGAUGAUGAUGAUUCGGUUGAAGUUGACCCCCUAUAUGCACACACUGGUUGAUCCUGAUCCUGGUCCUGGUCGAUCUUCUGUUUAACCUAUUGACUAAAUUGAGCAAACAUGUGACUGGAAUACUGUUAAUACACACUUCAGUGCAAGGCUACAUUUAAAACUGAAGCCAAUCCACAUGUACUGAAAGUCAACUUGAAUGUCACUACAUCUAUACGAUGCGUCACACAUGCUUCAUGUAGCCACUUUUAUAAUUUUAGUCUUUCUGUACUGUUUCUUAAUGUCACUGUAAAUACUGUACAAACUGUAAAGGGGCACUGAUGUGUAUUUAAUAGGUAUUGUACUAUAUGCACUUAAUGCCAAUGGCACGAUUGUCUUUUUUUUUUUUUUUUUUAUAUGGUGUGGUGUGUUUCCUAAACAACAAUUAGGACACUAAAAUGAUGACUUCCUGCCUUCCUACAGUGAAUUGUGCUCGGUUAAUGGACAUUAUAUUUCAGACUUUUGAUCCCUGACCUGCCAGGCUAGUGUGCAUUGCUUUAUUGGUACUGUUGUACACUGCACACACACCUGUCAAACCAUAAAACACACAGUCUCUCCUCUGCUCACCCUUUAAAAACUUUCAAUUAUAUUUGCAGUCUUUUUACACCUCUUUAGAUAUGUCUUGCAUCGGCUAUCUUGGUUGUCAUUUUUAUGGGGUCAUAUACGGUAGCAACUAGAAGAAUACUGAAAUGAAAAGGGGGUUUGAUCAUAUAUGAUUUAAGGGUUCUCAUUACACCCAUUGAACACCUCCUCUGCUGAUUCCUCAGUACUGUGCAACAGUAAGUAAAAAAAAAAGGGUUUGAUUUUUUUUUUAAACAAGUGAAAUAGGGAAACAAAAAUCUAAAUACCAGAAGAAAACCAGAAGGUGUAACAAUUCUAAUACAUUUAGUGAAAAAAAAAAAAAACAUUAAUUGGAAGGAGUUUUGUUUAGAAAUAAAAAAAAGGAUAAUUUACAUUACUGAAUGUUCAGUGACAUUUAAUAUAACACAUAUGAUACAUUAACCUGUAUGUUGGUGUUCUUCAACACACUGAAUGUGCAAAUUAAA